AUGGAAUGUAGUAAAUGUAAGAGUAGGAUAGAAGCAGAUGAGAAUGUAAAUAGAAAAGUGGAGCUGUUGGGAGACGGUGCGCUGGAAAUGCUUUGUAGUAUAUGCAGAAUAUGCUACAUUUGCUACACAAAAUCAGAAGAAGAAGCCAAAUGCUGCAAGUCUUGCGGAUACUUCUUCCAUCCUUUGCACAUGCAGGAAGAUCACGCGGAAAAUGAUGGGCACGCCCAAACUUGCGGAAAGUGCCGCCUUCUGGAGGGAGCGAUAGAAUUUGAUGCUUUGCUUGGCCCUGAAAUUCCUGCGCUGGAAAGACACACUGAGGAGAUAGACUCUGGGCUGCAAAAGAAAAUAACGGAAAUUGUCCGGAAGAAUCGGCCAGGCAAGAAUCCAGACGGCAUCAAAACAGUCUUUCUGGGAAGCAUAGAAAUGAGUCCGCUCUUUUCCUCGCCAUACCCGGAGGAAUACAUCAAAAGGCCAACUCUGCACAUAUGCAACAAGUGCUUGGACUACUUUCCUACCGUGUACAUGAUGCAGCGGCACAAGAAAAAGUGCCGGCUAAACUAUCCCCCUGGAAGACUGCUUUACCUGGACCCGGAAGACGUGGCAGUGUUUGAAGUCGAGGGCACGAAAGAGCCGCAGUACUGCCAGAGUCUCUGCCUCCUUGCAAAGAUGUUUUUGGACCACAAAACACUCUACUACGACGUGGAGCCGUUUCUUUUCUACAUCAUUGGGGAGGUAAAGGACGGAAAGUUUAUCAUACAGGGAUACUUCUCCAAGGAGAGAGGGGAGGGAAAAAACAACCUCUCGUGCAUUGUCGUGUUUCCUCCGUACAGGAAGCUGGGCCUGGGGUCUUUUUUGAUAGACUUCAGCUAUUAUUUGACCCGGAAAACGGUGAAUCCCCCGUACGCAGGAGGCCCUGAACAGCCGCUCUCAGCAGACGGGGAGAGGGCGUACCUGGCGUACUGGGGAAACUGCAUCCUGCGAUUCAUAUGCCACAAAAGACAGUUUUCACCCGAUGAGAAGUGCUUUGAGGACAUCUCCCUGCUCACAGGAGUGGACAAGAAAAACAUCCAGUGGGCGUACAGGAAGCUCUGCGAAAGCGCAAACAAAGAGCUAGUAUAUGCAGACUUUCUGGCAAACAAGGACGCAUCCAAAAGGAUACGCCGGCUCAAGAAGGGCGCGUACGUGCAGAAGAGUGUAGAGAGCUUAGAAGAGGGCGCAGAAGUGCCAGAAUAA